AUAAUGUUGAUAUGUUCGAAUAAUUUAGAGAAGGAAGAUCAGUGUUCUGGAGUGGAAGGAAUCGAAGGUGUGCGUGGAGUGAGAUAUUGGAGAGUGAGUUCACAGCAUGGCGGUGUCGGUCACUGUGAGGAGGCUAGCGUCUCAGCGGCUUACAGCUGCACCCUCCUCCAGGCUGCUGCUGCUGCUGCUGCUGCUCGGGGCCACGCUGUGUGCGGCCCAGAUGACUGCAGGAGGUGGAGGCGGUGCUGGGCGAGGAGCGGGGACGAGGUUGGGCUCGGGGCGAGUUGAACACAUCUCUGACCAUGACAUGCUGCCGAGACACAACCGCUGUGAACCCAUCACUAUCAGGCUGUGUAAGGACAUACAAUACAACACCACCAUCAUGCCUAACCUUCUCAACCAUCACACGCAGGAGGAGGCGGGCAUGGAAGUGCAUCAGUUCUUCCCGCUGGUGAAGGUGCAGUGCUCGCAGGACCUGCACUUCUUUCUUUGUAGCGUGUACGUGCCUGUGUGCACUAUCCUGGACAGACCGUUGCCUCCCUGCCGCCAUCUCUGUCUCUCCGCCAAGGACGGCUGCGAGGACCUCAUGAACAAAUUCGGGUUUCAGUGGCCAGAAUCCCUAGAUUGUAACAAGUUUCCGGCAGGUCCUCACGAGGAGCUGUGUGUAGGGGAGAACAGCACCUCCCCGCCAGCUUCCUCUUUCCCUGUAUCAGGUCCAGACCUGCCUCCUCCACUCGGCCCUCAGUAUGCCGGAAAGGACUUCCAGUGUCCUCAUCACUUCAGAGUGCCCAAGAAAAAGAAGUAUAAGCUGCGGGUGGGCGGGGUGGAGGUGGAGAACUGCGGCUCGCCCUGUAGCGGCAUGUUCUUCAACGAGGAGGACCUCCAGUUCUCACGUCACUGGGUGGGGUGGUGGGCCGCCGUGUGCUUGGUAUCCACUACCUUCACUGUCGCCUCCUUCCUGGCCGAUGUGCGUCGCUUCCGCUACCCUGAGCGACCCAUCAUCUUCAUCAGCAUGUGUUACUGGUUCAUCGCGGCCACCUACGUCGUGGGGCUGGUGCAGGGGGACCGUGUGGCCUGCGACGACCCCUGGGACCCUCCUAAGCACCUGCCGGAGCUGAGGGACCAGAUGGUGCGAACCAUCACCCAGGGUGUGGAACGUCAGUGGUGCACUAUCGUCUUCAUGACACUCUACUUCUUCUCCAUGGCAGCCUCCAUCUGGUGGGUGGUGCUCACGCUCACCUGGUUCUUGGCGGCAGGACUCAAGUGGAGCCACGAAGCCAUCGAGAACAACUCUGCUUGGUUCCACCUUGCGGCCUGGGCCUUCCCUGCCAUCAAGACUAUCGUCAUUUUGGCCACCGAGAAUGUUGAAGGUAAGGCCAACCCGCCCAUAGUUGUGUCAACAUAUCCCAGGGUAAUCGCCAAGCUAUCCACACUGUCCCACAUUCAAACAAAGCUAAUGUAUACUCACGUCCCUUCCCCGUUGCGAUUGAUCAGUAAGCUCCAUUUUUUUUAUGUUCAGUAAGCUAUUUCACCCCAUUUAGCCAACUAGAUAGAUAUAUGCAUACUUGGAAAUAACUUCCUUUGGAUCUUUGAAAUUAAAGAUUUUUAACGUACAAAUAAACACCAUUUACAUUCCGUAGUUUAUCUUUUUCUUAUUGAUUAUGUUGCACAGUAAACAUCACUAGCUUACCACUUGAUACACGCUAUUGAAGUACCAUUAUCUGCAUUAUUGUUUUUGAGUUAAGCACAGAAUUGAUUGAAAUCUUUCACAACAGAACGCCAUCUACUGUUACACCUUCAAGUAAAACGUCAGUGAUAUUUGCUGUAUCUGAGGCCAAAAUUUACCAUUUACCUUUAUGAAUAUAGUGUAACAGAUAAUUUAGCUAGAACAUGUUUGUACAAUUACAGAUUUAAUGCUGAUUACCCUACAGACCCUACAGUAUUUUUAUUGUGAUGGCUGCCGUAUACAAUCCUUUUGGUUCAGGUAGGGUGAUUGAGAAGGUACAGAAAGAUUGUAUUGGGUUUUGGUAGGAAGGAGAAAAACGGAGUAGGGUUAGGCAGGGAGGAGGAGAGAACUAAGUAAAAGAUG